AUGGGAACUAGAGGAUAUCGUGUAGUUCGCUAUCGAGGCAGAUACUUCGUGUAUUACAACCACCUCGACAGCUACCCGGAACAUUUUGGUAAACAGGUCGUUUCGAAAGUGCCUGUCGACCGAAAAGAAUACGAAGAAUGGCUCCAGCAAGAGCGUGCUACUUAUGAGCGCCGUUUGGUCGAACUCGAAGAACACCUCUGCAUUACGGAGGAACAAGCACAGAUCCUGGUUGGAGAUGGAACAGGACACGAGGAUGGUGCUCCCGGCGUGGGGUCGCGGCUGCGUAUACUUGACACUGAGUUACUUACGUGCCAUUUUGGCGAGGCAUCAAACGACCUAUUUAUUGAAUGGGUGUAUAUAAUCGACCUUGACCAGCAGAUAUUUUCGGUGAACAAUGAGGUCUACUUUAGACUCUGGAACAUCCCUCGGGACACCUGGAUCGAAGUAUUUUACACGGAGAAACGCUCCACUGAAAAAUGCCCGGAGGCCACGCUAGGGCAAUUCACUCCCAGCUACUUUACCGAUCACGCCGAGUGUGAGAGGUACAAUGAGGUAUACAAGGGAUACCAGUGUUCCGAACUAUAUAGCUUCUCGGGUGGCUCCAAUGAUACUAUACGUCAAGUAGUGGGCUUGAUGCUGUACGAAUACCUGCUACACCCUUCCCACUCACAGUUAUGGGAUUUUUAUUCCCAAUGGGCAUCUAGCGACUUCGCCUUUCGAGAGCUGGCAUUUGCUAUCCUAUCGCUAGCAGCUGGCGAAUUCUGCGUGACUGACGUCAGGAAGCUAUAUGGCAACUUUUACUUUAAACAUCGCUCACAUGGCUUUAUGGUCGCGAAAGAAGCUGAUGAUGAGACGGAGAUAAUCCCAAUUCUCGGUUCAGGAUGCCAUACGCCGGGUACCAAACCUGGAUGUGCCCCUGCUGAUACUAUGUAUUAUUUUCAGGGCAUCUUGAUCAGCCUUGUCACUGCAGAUGCUCUUUUCAGUGAUAGGGAUGCUGCCAUAGCAAAGGCAGUGGAGUUUGGGCUCCAGAGCGGCAAGAAGGGAUUUGAUCUCAUCCUUUUCUCAAUUAAGUUGAUGAUUGUUGUGAAAGUAUCUAUGGAUGGUGAUGUGACAUCAGUCUCACACUCAGAGGUAUUGCCUCUUACCAAUGGACAGAUAGCCCCAAUGCCCCCUGUUGUGGGUACAAAGUCAGCCGUACAAGGACAUCCGGGAUUUGCAAUUCUUCAAAUGAUGUUUGAUAUACAGAGCCAGAAGUAUGUUCAGCGCUUCAGCCAAGGUGUGUUCCCAUCAGAGAUAUACACUGAAAUCAUGUCAUAUGUCAUCGAUCCCCAAACCGAACUUACAUGCAGCAAAGUCGCUCCGCCAUUUCGUAACAUUUGUCAGGGGCAAGUGGCUGUGCCCCAGGGACUAGCCACUAGCUUUGCAGGCCGGUUGCGUCUACCAGAGAAUGACAAGAUACCGUAUCUACUGGUCCCUUUUGGUACAUUCACGUUCAAAGAUAAAAGUAUUGCAACGACCGCACAGCCUGGCCUCUGCCCUUGGGAUGCCAUCCCAAGCUCUUUUGACGGCCCUGAGUGGUGCGCGAUCAUUGGUUAUGGCAAAAGGAAAUGUAUCAUCUCGCAAGCUCACAUCCCGAUUAUUGCGACGAACCCCAGUGACGAAGACAACGUGUUUAUGCAAGAUUAUUACUAG